GGUCGAACUACUUGACAGAACCGAUGCAGUAUUUUUAGAUUUUCAGAUAUCUUCGCCGAUUUUAUUUAUGUUCAUAUUUAUUCUGUUGUAUAAUAUAUGCUAAGAGAAAGAUGAUGUUAAAAUUUCGUGGCGGAAUGCAAAGAUAUAAGGCUUAUAGAGGUGCCUAUGUCCUGUGCAGGAGCUUUUCUGCUAGGCUAGAUACACUUAAUCAUGAGGAACGGUUGGAAGGGUGUCUGUCUGCCCUUCCAGCAAAGGCUAAGGUAGUGAUAUGUGGUGGCGGGGUCACGGGGGCGGCAGUGGCGUACCACCUUGCCCAGCGAGGAUGGGGCGGCCAGACUAUUCUUAUAGAAAAGGAGAAGGUUGGUGCUGGGAGUCGAUGGCACUCAUCAGGCCUGGUUGGUGCCUUCAAACCAACCCUAGCACAAGUGAGGCUGACACAGUCUUCAAUAAGGCUGCUCAAAGAGUUGGAGGCCAAAGGUCGUGCUACAGGAUGGAAGCAGUGCGGCUCCCUACUCCUUGCCAGAACCAGAGACAGGAUGACAGUCUACAGGAGAAUGAAGAGCCAGUCCAUCUCAUGGGGGAUCCCGUGCGAGUUGGUGUCGCCGAAACGAUGCCAGGAGCUGUUCCCGAUGCUGAAUGUGGAGGACCUGCUGGGGGGGUUGUGGAUCCCGGGGGACGGAGUGGGUGACCCUCAUCUGUUCUGCAUGUCGCUGAUGAGGGAGGCAGUGCAGGAGGGAGUGGGAGUGAUGGAGGACUGCGCUGUGACAGCAGUUCUGUCGAAAGAGGAUCGCGUGCAUGGAGUGGAGACUACCGCGGGAGCUAUAGAGUGCGAUUACUUCGUCAACUGUGCCGGGUUUUGGGCAAGACAGGUGGGCCAAUUAGCGCGGCCACAAGUGAAAGUGCCGCUGCUCCCCUGCGAACACUACUACUUGCACACGAAACCGAUAGACAACCUAGAUCCGAUGACACCCGUCGUGCGGGACCCAGACGGGUACAUAUACCUGAGAGAAAGAGACGGAUGCAUACUGGCAGGUGGCUUCGAGCCGGUCGCCAAACCGGUUUACGAAGAAGAAAUCGAAACCGCCCUGCAACGAUGCCUCCCCGAAGACUGGGAUCACUUCCACGUCCUCCUACAGGAGAUGCUGAAGCGCGUGCCGAGCCUCCAUCAGGCCGUGCUUCACCGACUCUGUAAUGGAUUAGAAGCCUUCUCGCCCGACUGCAAGUGGAUAGUCGGCGAAGCACCGGAGAUGACAAACUACUACGUGGCUGCCGGAAUGAAGACUGUAGGUAUUUCGGCGGCGGGUGGCGUGGCGGAGGCGACCGUUGACGAGAUAGUGGACGGAUACUCGAAGUACGACAUGUACGAACUGGGCGUCAACAGAUUUCUGGGGCUGCACAACAACAAAAGGUUCCUCAGAGAUCGUGUUAAAGAAGUACCAGGCGUACACUACGGACUCCCGUACCCGUUCCACGAGUUCGAAACCGGUCGCAAUCUCCGUCUAUCACCGAUCUAUCCGACGCUGCGCGACAACGGGGCCGUUUUUGGCCAGGUGAUGGGCUACGAACGACCCACCUGGUUCGAGACUGUUGAUAACACCAAGGAGAGCGAGAAGCCCCGUCCGUUCAAGAUCGCCCACACGAAGACAUUCGGGAAGCCACCGUGGUUCGAGACCGUACAGCGCGAGUACUGGGCUUGUCGCGAGCAAGUCGGCCUUUCUGACUACUCUUCGUUCACCAAGAUAGAUUUGCAGUCCCAAGGUCGCGAGGUAGUGGACUUGCUCCAGUACUUGUGCUCCAAUGACGUCGAUGUGCCCGUAGGCAGCAUCAUCCACACCGGCAUGCAGAACGAACGCGGUGGGUACGAGAACGAUUGCAGUCUCGCCAGGAUCUCGGAGAACCACUAUAUGAUGAUAGCGCCGACGAUCCAGCAAACCCGCUGCAAGGUGUGGCUGAAGCGCCACCUGCCCCAGAACGGGUCAGUGACGCUCUCUGACGUGACGUCAAUGUACACCGCCAUCUGCGUCAUGGGUCCCUUCACCCGGAACCUGCUGUCGGAGCUCACUGACACCGAUUUGUCACCAUCGCAUUUCCCGUUCUUUACGUUCAAGGAAAUUGACGUGGGGCUGGCCAACGGCGUCAGAGCCAUGAAUUUGACACACACCGGCGAGUUGGGAUACGUUCUGUACAUACCCAACGAGUUCGCUCUACACGUGUACAACCGUCUGAUGACCGUGGGCGAGAAGUACAGCAUCACCCACGUGGGAUACUACGCGUCCAGAGCCCUGCGCGUGGAGAAGUUCUUCGCGUUCUGGGGCCAGGACCUGGACACCAUGACCACCCCCCUCGAGUGCGGCAGGACGUGGCGCGUCAAGUUUGAUAAAGACAUACCGUUCAUUGGUCGAGACGCGCUGCUCCGCCAAAGGGAAGAAGGCAUCCGCCGUCAGUACGUCCAGCUGUUGCUGACCGAUCACGACCACGAGCUAGACCUGUGGUCCUGGGGUGGCGAGCCGAUAUACAGGGACGGCAACUACUGCGGCCAGACUACAACCACCAGUUAUGGAUUCACAUUCAAAAAGCAGGUGUGCCUCGGUUUUGUGGAGAAUUUGGAUUCGAACGGCGUGCCUCAGCCGAUCAACAACGACUAUGUUCUGAGCGGCCACUAUGAGAUAGACAUCGCCGGCAUACGGUACGCGGCAAAAGUGAACCUGCAUUCGCCGAACUUGCCCACAAAAUACCCGGACAAGGAGCGCGACGUUUACCAGGCGACCAGGAAACAUCACGAGUCCAAGUUCUUGGGGCGGCAUUACCAACCGUAGACGACGAUGGCUAACGCUCGUAGUGAUGCAAAGACAUAUUAAAACGGAUUUGACGUUGCGGACUACAUUCAUUUAAAAUUAAGUUCAUUCAGUUAAAAACCGUCAAUAAUUUUCAUAGUUAAAUAUAUUGAUUUCCGUCUUUAACUCUUGGUCUCUCGUGAAUCGCCGGCGAGCCAAGACAGCUACAUGACAUUUGCGUGUGUCACGGGAUUAUAACCUUAUAUACUACAUAUAUACUACAUAAUAAGGUUAUUUUUCCGUCACACGCGUAGCUGUCAAUGUUUGCCGGCAAACAUUCAGCUACCUCACGGGUUAAACCAAUUUAAUUUCACGAAGUGGUAGAGCCACGCUGCAGUCUAUGGCUGCAGCACGAAUGGGCAGGCUCGACCGGGUCGGUACCACUGUCUCACAGAAGACCGGCGUGAAGUAAUGGCAUUGCUGUUGCGUUUCGUGCGGUGAGUGAGAUCGCCGGUGCCCAAACUUUUUAAAAGCAGGCAAACGGCCGACAAUUCCUCAUCAGUUGUCGGUAUUCACAGCGGCGGCGUCACUUACCACCACUUGAACCGCUUGCCCGUUUGCCUGCUCUUUUUUUAAAACCACGGACAAGACGUUUUUGUUUAGUUUUACAUUCAGACUUGGUUGGUCUUCUUCAUUUUAUAACUGUUUGAUUCGGUUCGUUUCCAAUCACUGCACAAUAUGGCCAGAUAGAUUUCAUAUUUUUUUGUUUAAAAUAUCAACGAGUAUAAAUUAAUUUUUCUUUCAAAUCAGGAUAAGUUUUUUGGGGCUCGGUUAAUGAUUGAUGAAAACAUCUUUGGUUUGGUCUUCCACCUCGUUAAGUUGUCGGGGGAGUUCUUGAAGUUAGGUUCCAAAAUAUGGUUACGUUGGUUCAUUUUAAACUCCGACUACGCGAUGGUUAAUACCACAGCUAAAUGAGUAUAUUCUAAACCCGGCUCAGACGAAUGCGUUAUCCGGACACUCGUGGACCUACCGCUGUAAUUGGCUCAGUUCUUCCAAAUUAAUUUUGGACCGAGUUCCGGAGAAGUAAAGGAUGUCUUCGAUAAUCUUUGUGACCACCUACAUCGAUAAGUCGAUAGACUCCUGACGCAAUGGCUCAAUAUUAUAAGACUAGGUAGUUCUCUGCGAUGUUUUUGUUUAAGGGUGUUAAGUCGAGUAUGUCUCUGAUAAGAUAAAAGUACCUUAAGACGGGUCUGCUGCAAGGGUAGGGUAGCCCGUCUACUUCUCUUUACUUUUGUGUGAAUGUGUACUUUUGUGUCAUUCUUAACUUCAGAAGUGUUUUUGUUUGUCGGUGUUUUCAUUUAGUUCGAGUAUGAUGUUUCGUUCGCUUGUCUUUUGUUGUUGGUACGUGUAAUUUUUUUCCUGAGUGUUUUUAAUUCCUUUGAAGUAAUUUACUUGUUUCUAUGUAAGUUCAUUUUGUUUGAGUACUGUCUUUUCAUAAAGAAGUGUUUAUUUUUGUGUGACUGUGUACCUUUUUGUUUGUAUGAUUGUGUGUGUGUGUAUGCAAGGGUAAGUACGCAACUGUGAAGCGUGUGUGUGUGUGUGUGUGUGAUAGGACGUGUUUGCGUUUAUCGAUAAACAUUCGUGUGAUUUUGUGCCUAAUUACUUCACGUUAUAUUGAGGAACGAAAUGAUUAAUUAAAUUAUAAAGUAUGUUACUAUUAUUAUAGGAUUAUUACGCUAAAUGCUAAUAGGGUCAAUAGGUUAAGAAAUUUUAUUAAUAGAUGGUACGUAUAGCCGCUUAUAUUUAUGCAAGCACUCAUCAUAAUUUUCGCGAAAAUUCGUUCCGUGGUCAUCCGACGCUCGUGCAUCGGUCUCGUUUCAUCUCGCCGGGUCCGACGCCGCCUAGGACCUGGCACCAGUAGUUUUCGCGAAUUCGUGUACAUCACUACUUUUCGUGUCUGUCCGGUUUAUGAAAGUGUUAAAGAUACGUGUUUGAAUAAAAGCCUAAAAUCUAAUUAGUCGGGGAAUGUACAGAAUGAUGAGUGUUGGCGAGUUGCCCGCCGUGAGGCAGCCGUGGAGCCUUACCAGCUCCUCAUAGAAUAGUCUAGAUUAACAGUAAACUAGGAAAUGUACUAGCCGUAUAAGUCUGGAUAUAUAUAAUGCAUUCAUAACGCAAUAAAAUAUCUGUGGUCACUCAGUUUUGGCCCACGAAGUUCCUGAAACGCAAUCGUGUUGGUCUAGUGUCACAGAUAUUCAUUAGCUAAGAGAGUAUUAUCGAUUAAUUAUCUUAAGGCGAUUUUAUUUAAGGUACUUUUUUGUUUAACCGGGGCGUAUCUUUCGAACGGUUCGCUGUUUCGAGGGAGGCACCUCGCGUCAUGUUCGUAUGUUAAGGUUGCCGCGUAGACAGCUAGAUUCCAUAAUCCCAACACAGCUAUCUGAUGCGAUCGUGACGCAUCGGGCAAGGUAGUGCGUUUGUUCAUUUUAUAAAUAAAUCGUAAAAAAAUAUAAAAAAAAGCCGGUAAUGCGUUCUACAUUGAGUACUUUCUUGUGCAAACCCUUGUUUUUAUUUGUCGGGAAUUUGCCGCGCCUAUGUGUCCUUAAAUUCCGAUUGUCCAUCUGGCACCUCGUGAACAUCAGUGAAUCGCAAACGUACGGUAGGACGGGUUAUCAUCGGCGUACGUCAGCUCUACUAGCAGGAAAUCUGACCAUCAAGAGCCAACGCCAGGCGAAUGUUGGCCCAACAUCUGCGCGAGUCGUCUGGCGGCACAUAUGGCGUAAGAGAACGUUACGAGUAUUCACGAUUGUUCCCUUUUAAUAUUCCAAAUUCACCUGUCGUUCAUUUAAAAUCUACCUUGAACUCACAUGUACCUCAACACCACUGUACCUCAAAUAUAACUGUAAAAUUGCGAUAGUAAUAGCAACCGGUAAACUCAUAGUUAAGGAGAAGCGUAUAUAUUUUAAUACCAGUCGACUAGUUAUAGCAGCAAACAUAAAGUUUAGAUAGACCGCAGAGUGCCCGGCGGUAUCCGAGUUAUUUUUUUAUCUGGCGUAUCAUAGGAUCACGAUUUCUUAGUAUAGUAAUGUACCGUAUGCGAAAAGCGGUCUCUGUGUAAGUAUGGGUAUUCAUCUAGGGUUCCAGAACUCGAGCGAGCCUGAGUUACUAGGUUAUAAUUUUGCAUAUACGUAUAGAUAAUAAGUGUAGCCGUGGAUUCGAUGUUAGGUGUUGUGGAGGCACUCGUUUGCGAGACCUCGGCGCGCGCGAUUAUUACUCUACACUGCCUACGCAAUAAGUAGAUAAGUAAUUACUUAAGUAAAAUUCAAACGAUAAACUGCCAUAGAUUCGCCUCUUAAAACAGUGACCACUUGAGCUGGUCAUAGCGCGCGCCGAGAGUCGACGAGUUGUCCAAAAAAUAUAUAAAAUACAAAAAAAAAAUAUAAACUUUAAAAAUGGAAAAAAA